AUGAUAGACCAAGAGUUAAAAAAAUUACUUCAACAAUAUGAAGAUCCUAAUGAAUUGAUUAACCUUAGAUCUCUUUCAAUGAACAAUACUCUCCUACACUCUAUAGAAGGUUUUCCUACAUUAUCAAAACUUAGGAGGCUUACAAUGGCAGAUAAUAAAAUUGCAAGUGGUUUAAUAGCUUUAUCACAGGCCAAACUUGAAAAUUUAAAUCAUCUUGAUUUGAGUAAUAACAGAAUAAAUGAAUAUGCAGAACUUGAGCCAUUGAAAAACUUAACAAAUCUUAAACAUUUGAGUUUAAUUGAUUGUCCAGUAACAAAAAGGACAAAUUAUCGAGUCAAAGUAUUUGAAACCGUACCGCAACUUUAUACACUUGAUGCAAAGACUAAUGGUUCUAAUGUAGAUGACGAAGGAGGAUCUGAGUCUGAACAAGAUAAAAAUCAGGGAGCUAGUGACGAAGAAGAGCCAGUAAAUGUCAACUUAAAUGUUGAAAGUGCAAGUAAACCAAAGGAUAAAGGAAAAUCAGUCGCAUUUCCAGAAGAUUUACCAACAAGAAGCGGUGUUAAUUAUUUUUUAAAAGAUGUAAUCUUUUCUGAAGGAGAUACUGACGAGGAAGAUUACCAACCUGAUGAGGAGGAUGAAGAAGACAACAGUGAUGAUUUAUCAAAUUGUAGUGAUGAUCUUGAUCCGGUUGAUAUGCCUUCAACUAGUGCAGCUGCAGCUGCAUUGCCAUCAUCAAAACGUAAAGUUCGUGUUGAAGAAAAGGAAGAAAUAUCUACAGAUAACGAUGGUAAUAAUAAGGGUAAAUCGAAGAAUGUCAAAAAACGAAAGAUAUAA